AUGUCUAUACGACCUAUCCCUUCGGAUAAUAUUCCUGAGACUUCUUUUGAAGAUAUAGAAACUACUUUUAAUGGUCUUGAUCGAUUUACAGUUGCAAACAAACAAUCAUCACCGCUAAGCAAUGGACUAGCACCUCCUUCCACAGCUAGCUCCGAGAGCACAACCUUUUCCAAUAGCAAAAAAGUGUAUUCAACACAUACAGAAAGUGAAGAUGCAGAUGAUGAUGAACAUUUUUUGAGUGACUUCGAGGAGUUUCAGGGAAAAGACUAUGAUAAUGUAUUCAAGACUCAUUUCGUGGAGCCUUCCAGCGCUGAACCAGUGGACUUUUCUGGUAAUGAAGAGAAUCAAGUAGCAGAAGAAAAAUACCGUGGACUAAGUCAGCACUUCAAGAAUUUAAAUUUGGAUAAUCGUCAGCUAAAGGGCGUUCCUUUCCGUAGGUCAAAAGCUUUGAAACAGCCGAAAUCCAUGAUGGACUUACAAAAUGAGUCCAAACCCACUCAAAGAUCCAGAAGAAUACAACAACUAUCUAACAGUCGAUCUGCUUCAAAUUUAAGGAUAGGUAGUCGGCUUGGGUCAAAUGAAAUCAACUAUAAAAAGUCAAUGCCUACCCUGUCGAAGUACAACGCAAUUCGUGAGGAAGAGGAAGACGAGGACUAUCUCAAAGAGUUUGAAGACGACUUUCAAUUCGAAAAAAGUCUACUUCAACCUCAAUUCUUGAAUGAUCAAGAAUCUGCUUCGCCGCCUCUGAAGCUAUCGCCAACUCAAUAUAACAUACGAAAUGAUGAUCUGCUUCUAACACCACAGCUCCAUAAAAGACACUCUGAAUGGAAUACAGCAGGUCAAUUAGAGCUGUUUAAGGAAAGGCGAAAAUCGGCAAAGGGCUCGAGAUCGUCACCAUCGAGGACAAAUAUCACUGCUUCGCAUAGGUUAAAGACAAUAAAACAAGAAAUAGAUCAUAAUACCCCCAUGAAAAAGGGAAAGAUGACAUAUGAUCCGGAGACUCUCCAAUGGCGAGGAAAUGAGCAAGCUUUAUCGAAAUUUUGUGACAUUGACUUACCAGACAAAAAGGCCAUCGUUAUAACUGGUAAAGGAAGGCCUCUUUCAUCCACAUCCAAAUCAAAAAAAUCUAAACCUUCCGAUAUGCGAGCCGGCUCUCAGCAAAGCGGGAAGAUUGUUGGUAAGAUGAUGUUUGAUCAAGAAAACUUGAGAUGGAUACGAAUUGGAGGAGAAAAAGAAGACCCCUUCUCCAGCGUCCCGGAUUAUAUCUCCUCAUUAUCGUCUACAGAUACACUUUCAAAGAGAAAGUCAGCGUUGAAAAGAUCGCAUAGCCAAUUACUUCCGAGUCGAGAUAGCUUCAGCAGCCGUUUAAACUCUUCAGCGACUACGCGGUAUCAUUCACUGGGAGCCUUUGCCGGAAACACGGAGCCUACGUUCAACAUAGAUUCCAAGCUGCUUGAAAGAUUUUAUCAUGAAGAAAAUAAAUGGAAUAGGACAGUAGGUGGUUGGUUCAUUCUGGGAGAUGCUGAAUCAGAAAGUUAUAUUGAUGAGCAAAAAUUGCCAGAUCAUAAAAACCAGAGCUACAUGUACGAGAUUAGAAAUAUGGUCAUCAGUUCUGCACGGAACUAG